AGACAGGCUUGUCGCUGGAGUAUGUCAGUCCGGCGCGGCGACAUCGGUGGAACACUCCAUCCCGAGCGCCGUGGACAGAGUUGUCAAAGGGGCGUGGACAGACUUGCCAUUGGGGCCUGGACUGAGUCGCUGUGGGGCCGUGGACCGAGUCGCUAUGAAGGUCGUGGACCAAGUCGUCCUGGCAGGGGACCAAGUCGUCAUGAGCGCCGUGCAGUUUCGCCACGAGGGCAGGGUUUUUCGCCACGAGCGCCGUGAACUAUGCCGGUACGACCUUAGCGGAUUGAUUGACAAGGCUUACGCACCGCCGGUGCUACUUCCGACGAUUCAAGCAUUCUCUCGUCCUCUGGCCCUCCCAUCCUCUCGUCCUCGCACUUUCUCUCCCAGAGCCCUUCAUCUUCCAGUUCCUUGUACGGACCGGGUGUCUCGACAUUUAUUCGAUUGGACAUUGGUCCUCAUCGUACUGGGCGUCGACGCCCCCCGACUCGGCGAUUUCGACGCCCCCGACUCGGCGACUUCAAUUCCGCCCGACUCGGCGACUUCGACUCCGCCUGACGAGUGCGACUUGGACUCGGCGAGCGCGACUUGGAAUCGACUGCGCGCCGACUGAGACGCGGAGACCUCGAUUCGGCACGACGAGAUCGACUUGGAGUCGACGACCCCGACAGGCCGCGCGUGCUUGAGAGGUAUUGCGCACACUCUCAGGAGCAACUGUACACUCUGUCCGCGGAGAUACUGUACACUCUGUCCGAUGAUACUGCACCUUCUCCAGGAGCGCGGCCUGGGCGCGCUGUCGACGAUCCCGACCCGAGCGAGG